AUGUCUCCUUCACUAGCAGGGAAAGUCGCGAUCGUGACCGGAUCCUCUCGUUCUAUCGGCGCCGCCACCGCGACGCACCUUGCCUCGCUCGGCGCGAAUGUGGUCAUCAACUACGUCUCGAGUGCCUCCGCGGCCCAGGCUGUUGCCGACGCGAUAAACAAGCAGGGUGCCGGGAAGGCUAUCAUCGUCAAGGCCGACGCCGGUUCCAUCGCCGACAACAAGCAUCUCGUGGACGAGACACUGAAGACGUUCGGUCGGCUUGAUAUCGUGGUCCUCAAUGCGGGGUUGAUGGACAACCAGAAGCUGGAGGACGUGACGGAGGAGGCCUUCGCUAAGCAAUUCGACACGAAUGUCAAGGGUCCACUGUUCCUCGUUCAGGCCGCGGCGAAGCACAUGUCCACAGGGGGCAGGGUCAUCUUCUUCUCUACCUCAUUGACGCAGGCAUCGGGUGUGCCGCCCAACUACCUCGUCUAUGCAUCGACGAAGGGAGCCGUCGAGCAGCUCACGCGCGUGCUCGCGAAGGAUCUGGGUACGCGCGGUAUCACUGUGAACACGGUCGCACCAGGCCCUAUCGACACCGACAUGUUCCGCGCCGGGAAGACUGAGCAACAGAUCAACUUCUUUGCCGGCAUGCAUCCCGAGAAGCGCUUGGGCACUACGGACGAGGUCGGGAACGUCGUAGCGUUCCUGGCUAGCGAAGAAGCAAGCUGGGUGAACGGCCAAACGCUUAUGGUGAACGGGGGGUUCGCCGUAUGAUGGGCAGAGGCGGACAGUAUGGGACGUUAUCAAUUGUGUGGCGCUUGUACGAAUAUCAGUCGAACUCGAUGAGACUUGAACCUUGAU